UUUCUUUCAGUCCGUCUGACAGAGCAGUCAGUUUCCUAGGAAACCCUCUGGGCACAGUCACAUGCCAAUGUCGCUCGGAAAAAAAUGGACGUAGAGAACAGCGCUUCGGGGCCCACCCCGGAAAAGCUCACCCCGGAAAAGCCCACCCCGGAAAAGCUGGUGGCCAGCGCCCCCUCCUCCUCGAAGCUGCUGAGGACCGUCACCCCGGAAAUCCAGAAGACCCUGAACAGCAUCAGCCGGAGGUCGAACAGCUAUGUGGAGACGAAGUACAAGUGCACCAUCACCUCGGACAGGUUGGGGCAGCUGAGGAAGAUCAUGGAGACGGCUACGAGGGACCACAAGGUUUUCAGCAUCAAAGGUGGUUGGGCGGUGAUUCGUAGGGAGCUGCUGAAACGCAACUGGCUGGAGAAGAUCGAGGCGACCGUCAAGCACAAGUACUCCUCGAUGGACGACGUCACCAGCAAUCUGCCGGCCAAGCAGGACUGGGAAUCCCCGCAGAGCUACGUGGAGAAGUGCGAGAAAACGGUGGUGUCGCGCAUGCUCCAAAACUACGAUGUCGACCUGUAUUGGAGCAUGCGCAAAGAGCCGAGCGACAUGCAGCACAGAACGAACUCCUUCAAGCUGAUCAACAGAUUUAGCAGAUCGCUGUUCGCAUCGAAAGAAGGCCUAGCCCUUCUACUGCAACAAUCUUAUUGGUACAUCGAACCUGGAGUAGCGAAUAUCAACUAUCCGCGAGUCUAUGUUCUCGGCUUCCCGGAUCAUUACAAUCUCUUCGUGGACGAUUUCCGGAUGACCGCUUGCAUGGGACUGAUGAAGUGGUUCGUGGAAAGGUACGAAACUGGGGACAAGCACGACAUACAAUGUCCCGAAGGGAAAGUGCCGUAUACUGCCCUGCUGUUCGCCAUCGACCGAUGUAACGAGUAUGUUUCCGGGCAAAAACAUUUGGACAUCGAUAAGGAAUUCACGCAAAUAUGGGACCACGAAUGGGAGCAGUUUUUGUCCAAUUAUCGUAUUAUUUUACACGAAAAUGGAUUGUUCUUGGACUUCGCGGAAUCUAUGACUACAGUUUACACGAAUGUCAAGUCAGCUUUGAAGGAAAUACAGAGGUUCUGGCCGCAGUACGAAAUCGACGGCAUGAAAAACAUCUGGAUACUGAAACCGGGUAACAAAUGCAGAGGGCGCGGUAUACAACUCGUCAACGAUAUUGCCGAGGUCGACAAAGUCAUCGGUUUGAAAAUGAAAUACGUUGUUCAAAAAUACAUAGAAAGGCCUCUAACCAUUCACAAAACCAAGUUCGACAUCAGGCAAUGGUUCAUGGUCACGUGCGUCCAACCACUAACCAUAUGGAUGUACAGGGACAGCUAUUUAAGAUUCAGCAGCCAACUGUUCACCCUGAACAAUUACCACGAAUCUUUGCACUUGACAAAUUACUCCAUCCAGUGUAAGUACACGAAUGUCGAGCAACGCGACAAGGCCCUACCCGAGGACAACAUGUGGGACUGUCACACGUUCAAGGCCUACUUGAAACAAAUAGGUUGCAUGGAGAAAUGGAGUGACGUCAUCUUUCCGGGUAUGCAACAAAGUAUAGUGUGCGCAAUGCUGGCAAGUCAGGAUACUAUGGAUAGACGGCCGAAUACUUUCGAGAUAUACGGCGCCGAUUUCAUGUUGGCCGAGGAUUUUAAGCCGUGGUUGAUCGAGAUAAAUUGCAGUCCGGAUCUGUCCUAUUCCACUAGCGUCACUAGCAGAAUGUGUCCUCAGUGUAUGGAGGAUAUAAUCAAAGUGGUGGUCGACAGACGGAGGGAUCCGAACGCUGACACCGGCCUGUUCGAGAUGGUGUACAAACAAAUUUUCCCCAGAACUCCCCCCUACUUGGGGAUGAACCUCUCGGUGAGGGGUAGGCGGCUGUUCAGGAACAGGGCCCGCGUAAAAACGGAAAAAGAGAAAGCGGACAAGCAGAAAACGCUGAUCCGGCUGAGGAAACAGGAUUUCAUAAAGAGCGAAUUCUUAAGAGACAGCGAAAUAACCAGGAUACUGCCCAAAAUAACAUCGCCCGAUAAUUAUAAAGGCCCUGUAAUAGCGGAUUUCAUCGAGGACUUGCACAAUAACGUCAACGGGGACAAAGACAGCGGGGUGGAUUUCAUCCCUGCCCUAAAAGUGGAGACUGUGAAGAAAAAAUACGAAGCUAAGAGCGAGAGGGUAGCGAAAAGUUGCUCGGGUGAAGGGAGGCCGAAAACUAAUGAUUUUUCUCAUUGUUCUGUCAACAGAAAGCGAAGCGUAAAAGAAAACAUUAGGAAGAGCAGUAGAUGCAGCAGCGAGACAAGGAACCAUUUGGGCCUCUACCAGGAACUCCAUCUCAAAAACAAAAUAGCAAGUGAUAAUUGGGAAACUCAAACUGCCAGUAUACUAAGAGGGACCAAUAUUUUGAAUAGGGACGCCAACACCGCCAUUGAUGUCAAUAAAAAUAUUUUCCAAAGUAGGAGUCUGAAUGCUUUCGAUUUGAAUAAUAUUUUGAGAAACCUGCAAAAAUGAGUCGGGUUUUCAAAGUAAUAUUCAGUUGCUUCGCGUGAAUAAAUAAGACAUUCAUUCAAGGAAAUUUGAUUUCAUCCUCU